UCUGAAAGAUGUUUCCGGUAUCGGGGAAAUCCAUCGUCUUUGACAGCUUUCCAGAUCCUUCUGAUACCUGGGAGAUUAUCGAGACCAUUGGGAAAGGGACAUACGGCAAAGUCUUCAAAGUGGUGAACAAGAUUAAUGGAAGCAAGGCAGCUGUGAAGGUUCUGGAUCCGAUCCAUGAUUUUGAUGAGGAAAUUGAAGCCGAGUACAACAUCCUCAGAGCACUUUCUGACCAUUCCAAUGUGGUCAAAUUCUAUGGAAUGUUCUACAAAAAAGAUGCCAAAAUCGGGGAUCAGCUGUGGCUCGUCCUGGAGCUUUGCGAUGGAGGCUCAGUAACAGAUCUUGUAAAAGGUUUGCUGAAGCGGGGCGACAGAAUGGAUGAAGCAAUAAUUGCCUACAUUAUACAUGAAGCUCUUAUGGGGCUUCAGCAUUUACACAGCAACAAGACUAUCCAUCGUGACGUCAAGGGCAACAACAUCCUAUUAACUACCAAGGGAGGAAUUAAACUGGUGGAUUUCGGUGUCUCUGCCCAACUGACCAGCAGUCACCUUCGCAGGAAUACCUCAGUGGGCACUCCUUUUUGGAUGGCACCAGAGGUAAUUGCAUGCGAACAGCAGCUGGAUUCUACCUAUGAUUCAAGGUGUGAUGUCUGGUCUCUUGGUAUCACUGCCAUUGAGCUGGGAGAUGGAGAUCCACCACUUGCGGAUCUGCAUCCCAUGAGAGCACUCUUUAAAAUACCAAGAAACCCACCAUCAACCCUUCAUCAACCAGAACUGUGGUCUGCAGAUUUUAAUGACUUCAUUUGCAAAUGCCUGAUUAAGGACUUUGAGCAGCGUCCCAACGUGCUAGACCUCUUGCAACAUGAUUUUAUCAAACAAGUCGGAGGAAAAGAGAACAUCCUACAAAAGCAGUUGAUGGAACUCAUAGACCUCAACCAACAAAUGGGACUCAUUGAGAAAACCAGGCAUGAACGUAUUCAUACAAAGAAAUGCAGCUACAUGAAGUCUUUAAAUUCCAACCUGGAUGAUGUGGAUGAUUUAGCAACUUUAGAAAUACUCGAUGAAAACACCGUCACAGAUCAGCUGCAGAACCGUUAUUCCAAGAAGAAACUCUAUACCUAUGUGGGAGAUAUUCUCAUCGCAGUCAAUCCAUUCCAGAAGAUGGAUCUCUACACCCCACAGUACACUAAAAUGUACAUUGGAGCCAAGCGGACUGCAAAUCCGCCACACAUCUUUGCUGUUGCUGAUAUCGCCUAUCAGUCCCUGGUUUCCUACAAUGCAGAUCAGUGCAUUGUAAUCAGUGGGGAGAGUGGAGCUGGGAAAACUGAGAGUGCCCAUCUUUUAGUCCAGCAGCUCAUGGUUCUUGGGAAGGCCAACAACAGAACACUUCAAGAAAAGAUACUCCUGGUGAACAGUCUGGUGGAGGCCUUUGGGAACGCCUGCACUGUUAUAAAUGACAACUCCAGCAGGUUUGGCAAGUACUUGGAAAUGAAGUUCACUUGUGGAGGGACAGUGGUUGGAGCCCAGAUCUCCGAAUACCUCCUAGAGAAAUCCAGAGUCAACCAUCAGGCUUUAGGGGAGAGGAACUUUCACAUUUUCUAUUAUGUUUAUGCUGGCCUGGCAGAGAGGAAGAAGCUAGCACAUUAUAAGUUAUCAGAUAACAAAAUUCCAAGGUAUCUUCAAAAUGAGCAUAUUAAACUGGUCCCAGACAUCAUAAACAAUUCAUUCUACAAGGAGCAGUUUGAAUCAGUUGAACAGUGCUUCAAAGUUAUAGGUUUUUCCCUUGAGGAACUGGGGAGUGUUUACAGUGUACUAGCAGCCAUUUUAAAUGCCGGCAACAUUGACUUUACAUCAGUUUCCUCGGAGCAUCAGACUGACAAAAGCAAUAUUUCAAACCCUGACGUACUGGAGAGCGCUUCCUCUUUGCUUUGUAUCCGGGCGGAUGAGCUGCAGGAAGCCCUCACCUCUCACUGCGUGGUGACUCGCGGAGAGACAAUCGUACGCCCCAAUACUGUAGAGAAGGCAGGUGAAGUACGAGAUGCCAUGGGCAAGGCUUUAUACGGACGUCUUUUUAGUUGGAUAGUCAACCGCAUCAACUCAUUACUCAAGCCUGACACUCUGCUGAGUGAAGAAGACAAGGGGUUGAAUAUUGGACUUCUUGAUAUAUUUGGCUUUGAGAACUUCAAGAGAAACUCGUUUGAGCAGCUCUGCAUUAACAUUGCUAAUGAACAGAUCCAGUUUUACUUCAAUCAGCACAUAUUUGCCUGGGAGCAGAAUGAGUACUUGAAUGAAGAAGUUGAUGUUCGUUUGAUUGAGUAUGAGGACAACAGGCCUCUUCUGGACAUGUUUCUACAGAAGCCAGUGGGCUUGCUUUCAUUGCUGGACGAGGAGAGUCGAUUCCCACAAGCUACUGACCAGACUCUUGUUGAAAAGUUUGAAGUUAACCUUAAAACAAAGAACUUUUGGAGGCCUAAGAGGGUUGAGUUAAGCUUUGGAAUUCAUCACUAUGCAGGAAAGGUUCUUUACAAUGCCAGUGGCUUUCUAGCAAAGAACCGAGAUACCCUGCCUGCCGAUAUUGUCCUUCUGCUGAGGUCUUCAGAAAACGACUUGAUCCGAAAGCUUGUGACGAAUCCACUCACUAAGACAGGUAACCUGGCCCACACAAAGGGUAAAGUGGUAUCAACCAAUCAAACCCACACAUCUCCACGAUCCCCGAAUAGUACCAAGGGUGAUGGUGGAGAGGCAACCCAUCCCAGAGAGACAACCAACAUGAGAACUCAGACGGUGGCAUCAUAUUUCCGUUAUUCUCUCAUGGACCUCUUGUCUAAGAUGGUGGCUGGUCAGCCUCAUUUUGUCCGGUGCAUUAAACCCAACAAUGACCGGCAGGCCAGCAAGUUUGACAGUGAGAAGGUGCUGGUUCAGCUUCGGUACACUGGGGUUCUGGAAACAGCAAAGAUUCGCGGGCAGGGCUUUUCCCAUCGUAUCCUCUUUGCAAACUUCAUUAAAAGAUACUCUAUGCUGGCCUUCCGGUCCAAUGAAGAUCCUCCAGUAAGCCCUGAAACAUGUGCUGCCAUUCUAGAAAAAGCUAAACUUGACAACUGGGUUUUAGGAAAAACAAAACUGUUCCUGAAGUACUACCAUGUUGAGCAUUUGAACCUGAUGGUGAAGGAGACGAUUGACAGAAUAGUCCUUGUGCAGGCCUGUGUGCGAGGGUGGCUCGGAGCCAAAAGAUACCGGAAAAUGCAGGAGAAGAGAGAGCAAAGUGCUGUAGUUCUCCAGUCAGCUUACAGGGGUCACAAAGUCCGGAAAGACCAUUCCAAUGACAGAAAUAAAGUAAAGACUGGGGGCUUUAUCACCCAACUUCAAGCUGUUUGCCGAGGAUACCUUGCAAGAAAGCAUUACAAGGAAGUAGUCAAUGAGAAAAAUAAAGCUGCUGCAAUAAUCCAAGCUCGCUACAGAGGACACAAGGACAGAAAGAGCUUCAGAAGAAAAAGGGAAGCUAUAAUGAAGGAAAAGGAAGAGGAGGAGGCAAAGUCUUUUCAAGAACAGCCCAGUGUUGAAAAAGUUCAAGAGGGUGAAGAUGGGUCUGUAAAUGGUGACACAGAGAGUGGUGGCCAGCAGCAAGGUGAUAAGGAUGACACUAAAGCAGCUAUUGUUUUGCAGAGCAACUACAGGGGAUACAGGGAGAGGAAACGGAUGAAAGAAAGACGCCAAAAUGCAGAUGUUGCUUGUACAGACCUACCACCGCCUGUGGCAAUGGAAGAGGUGGAACAGAAUGAAACCCAGGAGGCAGAAAAUAACACUGUGGACACAGAGGGGGAGGAGGAGGCCAGAGCAGCAACCGUCAUUCAGAGCAACUUCCGGGGGCAUCGGGAAAGGCGUAUGCUUGAGGAAGAGGGGAAGAUCCCAGUCAGGGCAAAAAAGACGACAGAUGUCGAGCAGAAACAGCAAACACCCAGAGGUUCUGUUAAAUCUGAGUCGAUGCAACAGCAGGCCAAAGAGACUGAAGGAGAUGAGGGGGAGGAAGCCAAAGCUGCCAUUGUUAUCCAGAGUAACUUUCGGGGGCACAAAGAGAGAAGGAGGCUCCAGCAAGAGGGUAAAAUACCAAACAAGAGAAAGGAGGCGGUCAAAGGGGAGUCUGCGAAGGAGGCCCCGGCAGUGACUGUAGAGUUUCCAGAGCCGCCUUCGGAUGAAGCUGGAGCUGAGGAAGAGAAAGCAGCAACGGUCAUCCAGAGCAAUUUCAGAGGGCACCGAGACAGGAAGAGGUUGAAGGAGGAAAGGGAUUUGCAUGGUAGAAAGGAAGCUGUGGGGCAGGUCAAGCCAGAACCUGAACCUCCUACAGAGCCCACCAUCCCCGAAACUGAAAACCCUGAAGUUCAGCAAGAGGAAGAAGCAGCUGCUGUGAAAAUCCAGAGCAACUUCCGAGGCUACAAAGACAGGAAAAAUCUCAAAGAGGCAUCGGAAAGAGAAAGGCAGGAACUGGAGACUUUUUCUAAACAGAUUACCAAGUUAUCACAAAACUACCUGACACUGCAGAAAAAACUGAAUGACAUCAUCUUGGCCCAACAGCAAAGGCCCUUAGACCACAGCAUGUAUGUCAGAGAACCACAGAUGAAUGGCUACUCUUCUUCACAAAAUCAACAAGUAGAUCAUAAGCAAACAAGAACACCUAGAAGGAGCCAGCAACCAAAAACACUGAAUAGCCCAGAAGACUCCACUUACUAUAAUCUAAUACACAGAUCGGUUCAGGAUGAUAAACUGAGGCCAAGGAAGCAAAGUGCCAGGAAAUUGUUGGAUAAUGAAGACCCUUAUUACAAGGAGCCUUCAUCCAAUCAGUCAUUCCCAAAGAACAAUAAUUGUUCGGUCGCAGAGAGAAAGCCCUCUUCUGAAAGAGAACCUGACAGAAAGCCAUCUUCAGAACCAGAGGAUCCAGCCUUCAAACAAUCUGGCAGGCAAGCAGUUACAAAAAUGCCCUUGACAGAAAAUGUGGAGGACGAGGAUAAUCCUUACGACUACAGGAAACUGCUCCGGAAAACCUCUCAACGAAACAGACUCAUUAAACAAUUCUAGCUUUCGUUCAGGUCUGCGUUAGUCUUUCAUAAGCUUAAGCAAUCUUUGCACUGUGUAUUUUUGGUAAGAAUCUUCCUAUUUUGGCUUAAAAAUGUAUACAUAUUCAAUAUCAACUAACUGUGCAAAAAUGCUAUGUUUUUAAUACUGUAAGUGGAUUGUUCUUUUGUGUAAAAGCCAAAUAUUAAGGUUAUUCUUGAGGAAAUGUAUUUCAAUAUCUGUUAUCUGGCUGCAAUGCUUUAACAGUGAAAAUGUUUUAACUAGUUGAAUAAUGAAUGUUUAUUUAUUUUAAAAUGUCUAAGAUAAAACAUUAGUAUGUAUUAGACCAUAACCUAACCUUAAAUGUGGUACUGUUAUGGCUAACGAUCUGCUAUUAACUUCCAUGUUAAAAUAUAUCAUUUGCAAUAUUUAUUGCAGUAUUGUGUUUUUAUUACAUCUUUUACAACUCAGUGAAUAGUGGGUUCUGCUGCUAAAGAGCCCU